AAUGCUAUUGGAGCGACCCGUCCAGUCGGAAUUUCGUGGUCAAAUCAUCGUUUGUGUGAAGGAGGAGGAUUCUGUCCGAACUCUACUAGAGAAACGACUUCAGAAUUAUCUGACGCUGAUUUCUUGAGCUUUGCUGUCGUAGGUGAUCCGCAUCCCUGAUUACGGGACCGGAACGAUUCAGUUCAUUGGAAAAUGCCCAUGAUCGAAGUGGAACCAAUCUCUACCAGGCUUUCCGACCUCGGUGAAGGUCCUCAUUGGGAUGUGGCGACGAACAGUCUCCUGUACGUGGACGCUUUUGUCGGUGACAUUUGUCGACUGAAUCCAUACACAAAGCAGUCGGAAUGUGUUCACUUUGACGGGGUGGUGACUUUCGCCGUGCCCUACCGCUCUAAUCCGGAGUACACGAUCGUCACGCAUAAGCGUGAGUUACGCAAAUUGCACUGGCCAACGCAAGCGUCAGUGCGGCUCAACGAGGUUGAUGCUGAUAAACCCAAUAAUCACUUCAACGACGGCAAGUGUGACGAGACCGGGCGCUUAUGGGGCGGCACAAGGGGUCCAGGUCUGCCGAAUGGAGACAUCGAAACAGAGAAGGGCUCUCUAUUCUCUUUCGAUAAAAAAGAUUUGAAACCCACUUCCCACAUGCAAGGACUGAAUAUUUCUAACGGCAUGACGUGGAUCGGCAAGAAGAUGUUCUUCAUCGACUCGUUCGUUCGGAAAAUAUAUUCCUUCGAUUUCGACGCUGCCACGGGAACAACGGGCGUACCGACAUUAUGGCUGGACUUCAAUGAGAACCCUACCUAUAAAGACGCUGGUUAUCCAGACGGCAUGACAAACGACGCCACGGGGAAACUGUGGAUCGCAUGCUACAACGGUGGUCGGGUGUUGCGGGUCGACCCUGAGACUAAGGAGCUCUUGACAGAAGUGAGAGUUCCGGCUUCGAAGACCACGUCUUGUUGUUGGGGCGGACCGCAGAUGAACGAGCUUUUCGUCACGAGCGGUUUCGGAGGUUUGAACGAGUUCGAGAGGCAGCAGCAGCCCAACGCAGGGGCCGUUUUCAAAAUCAGCGGUCUAGACGUUCCGGGAGUUCCUUUGCACACGUUCGAUCAGUGA